CUCCUAACACGCCACGCCGCGAUGCGCGAUACACAUCAUGUCCACGUUUCCCCCCCUCCUUCUCAACCUUCUCAACCUUGUUUGACUUUCUAUACCCUUGACCCGCUCUUAAAUCCGUCUUGCACUUCCUUCUCCUGUCACCCACUCCUAAAACUCUGUCGUUUCUCUGACACGUUGUCUCAGUCAUGCAUCUCGAGAUCUCUUCUCCAAUCGCCCGGCCGAGGAAGCUACGAGAUUGCCAUCUGCGACAUCCAUUACAAGUACAUCCACUGCCUGCCGGCCAACCCCAGCAUCAGUUCCCAUUUUGUCAGAUGCGGCCGCGACCAGGUAUUUCGUAGGGGUGUGGGUGGAGACGGACAGCAAGGAGUCAAGACAUCUUCCGCCGUGAUGCUGAAAGGACGCUCCGAUUGCUUCUGGUCGGCUGCACCUGUGAGGCCUGUAUCAGGUUUUGGGAGUCCCAAAUGAGCUGGAUACGACGCCCCUUUCGUUGGCCACCGACUAACACCAUCAGACAAGCACUCGGUGCAUGGCACGCAAGGAUACCAACAGCGUCCUCAGCAACUUGAUCCUUGCCAUCCAGCUUACUACUUACACUGCUGUACAGUGCAGGUUUUCGUAAACGGUCCAGCUCGUUCUAACAAUGUCGCAUCACCGUCUUCCGGCGCCAGUGACACGAGAAGCGAGUUUGGGGAAGAACCGCCCGAGCCCAAGCUCCUCAUCCAAUCGAUCAGCACCAUGCCGUCCAAGAGCUAGCGGCUACUCCUAAGAAUGGUGUCGCAUCUCGAUCCACCGUAUCGUGUGUCGACGAUCUUGAGAGCGCACCCGCCAACGGCAUAACCUGUACGAAAACCCGGCUUCGCUUCGUUUUAAGCCUGUGCCCUGCCCUGUGACACCGAGAACAGUCCGGCAUGGCAGAUGGCAUGUGGCUUGUGGAGAGGACGUUCCCAUC